GUUCACGUUUGUGCAGUGACUUCCUCGCCUGGGAUUCCGCUGAAGCACCGGUGCUGAGGAAAACGAAUGAUGCCCAGAUGAAAUGAACCCGUUAAUAUCCGGGAGAUGUGAUCCAUCUGUUGUCGUAAAGCUGACAUACGUGAUGUGGUGGGGAUCCAUACAUUUGGGUCUCGUACAGCUGAGAUGGUGGCGCCUCUAUCAUCGAUGGGGAAGAACAGAGUACAAGACGCUGUGACUUGUCCCAAAUCAAUGCAGGGGAGACUCGCUAUGAGAAGAGACCGAGGAGUCGUCCGACCCGACACGUGCUUCGCCCGUCCCUCCUCUCCAACCAUGAAGCUCUCCGUCCUCCUCUUUCUCCUCCUCUCCUCCCUCCAUCCCUCCUCCUCUCAACGCUACAACGCGCUGUUUAGCUUCGGGGACUCGAUGGCCGACACCGGCAACGUCCGCAUCGCCAAGCUCCCGUACGGCAUGACCUUCUUCGGCAACGCCACCGGUCGGUGCUCCGACGGCCGCCUGGUCAUCGACUUCAUAGCGCAGGCGCUGGGAUUUCCGCUGCUUCCGCCGUCUCAGGAGGACCACGACUUCAAGCGAGGCGCAAACUUCGCCGUCGUCGCCGCCACCACGCUCGGCUUCGAGUUCUUCAACGAGCGCAACCUCAGCAGAGGCCUGUGGGUCAAUGCCUCCCUCCACACCCAGGUGGAGCGAUUCGAGAGGCUGCUGCCCUCCAUCUGCGGCGCGCCGCAAGACUGCAAGGAGUUCCUGAGCAAGUCUCUCUUCAUCGUCGGCGAGUUCGGAGGAAACGACUACAGCACCGCUCUCUUCUUCGCAACGCCGAUAGAUGAAGUGAACACCUUCGUGCCCCAUGUCAUCGACGCUCUCUCGGAUGGUGUGGAGAGAUUGAUCGGCCUCGGUGCAGCGGACAUCAUCGUGCCAGGAGUGCUGCCCGUGGGGUGUUUCCCACUGUACUUGACCAACUUCCACACGCCUGACCCCGAAGACUACGGCCCCAAGACCGGAUGCACGAGGAGCUACAACGCCCUGUCGUGGUUGCACAACGCACUGCUCCGGAAAUCUCUCGACCAUCUCCGGCGCAAGCACCCCGCGGUAUCCAUCCGAUACGCGGAUUAUUAUUCCCAGAUCAUCGACUUCGCCAUCAAUCCACUCAAGUAUGGAUUCACCGCCGGAGCUCUUCGUGCUUGCUGUGGGAAGGGCGACAACAUCUACAACUACGACCAAGAAAGACGGUGCAGCGAGAAGAACUUCACCGUGUGCGACGACGUGUCGACACACGUGAACUGGGACGGCAUCCACAUGACCGAGGCCGCUCACCGUGCCAUCGCCGACGGCUGGCUGCACGGUCCCUACGUCGACCCCCCUAUUCUGAGCUCCGCCCGUAGUUGAUUAGAGCUUUACAGCCGGGAGUACAUGCAGCAGCAGCUCCUUGAUUACCGAAUCAAAGUUACCUCCCUCUAUUCUCUCUUUAUAGGAGAACAGCGUCUGUGCUGUUCCGCUGUUCUUGACACAUGAGUUCUUUUUUUGAUGACUACAGCUAUACAUAUUUAGGAUUGGCAACAGGAUGAUUGAUUGUUUUGAGCUGAUGAUGAUUCGAGGGUUUAAAGCAUGUCAAGCGAAGAGACAUUUAUUGAUGAAACCUUGUAUUAUUAUUCUUUGAAUUUGUUA